AUGGGUCAAGAAUACGUAUGGUCUGUGAGUGUGAGCUGCUCUACUGACUUCCACAUCUCCCCUCUUUUUUUCUUUUGUGUUUCUUUGCGGAUCCAUCAUGGUUUCUGCGAUGCUCAACGGGGCCAUCGCCAUCACCUGCCCCAAGGGUUAGGGUUUCCUGGUUUCAAUCUUCACUGCAGACCAAUUCACCGGCCCAAUUCAGUCUCCGUUCCCCAACGCCGAGACUCUCGGUGGCAACCAGAUGCAGCGUGUCGGCGUCACGGCCGUUGGCGCAACCUAGGUUCAUACAGCACAAGAAAGAGGCUUACUGGUUCUACAGGUUCUUAUCCAUCGUUACGACUUCCUCCGUCAAUGCACCAUACGGAGGACAUGAGGGACGCAUUUCUCGAGCCGGCGGAUCUCAGCCAUCCGGACUUGCGGGUGGUCGACGUUGGCGGCGGAAGUGGAUUCACUACUCUGGGCAUCGUCAAGACAGUGAAUGCUAAGAACGUGACGAUUCUGGACCUGUCGCCACAUCAGCUGGCCAAGGCGAAGGAGAAGGAGGCGUUGAAGGAAUGCAAGUUCUUGGAAGGAGAUGCUGAGGAUCUCCCUUUUCCUACUGAUUAUGCCGACAGAUACGUUUCUGCUGGAAGCAUCGAUUACUGGCCAGAGCCUCAGAGAGGGAUAAGGGAAGCGUACAGAGUCUCAAGGUUUCAAGGACGUUCAGUCAAGACGAUUGCCCCCAAGUGGUACCGUGGUGUUCGCAGGCACGGCCUUGUCAUGGGAUGCUCUGUCACCGGUGUCAAACCUGCCUCCGGUGACUCUCCUCUCCAGAUUGGUCCAAAGGAAGAGGAUGUGGAGAAGCCUGUGAACAAUCGCUUCGUCUUCUUGGGACGCUUCCUCUUGGGAACCCUAGCGGCUGCCUGGUACUUGGUAAUCCCAAUCUACAUGUGGAUCAAGGAUAAGAUCGUUCCCAAGGGUCAACCCAUCUGA